AUGUGGAGGCUAUCUCCUCUUCUGAGACUCCCAAGGGGACCAUCCGCCAGACUGUGUUCCAGCAAGCCUUCCGAACGACCUGCCUCCAAGUCAACCUGUCCAUCUCGUCUUCAAAGUGAGAAACAGAGGCGGAAAAAACAGAGGGAGAAGGCCAUUCUAUCACCUCAAUACACUACUGCUGAAGAGGACAUUUUAAAAUGGAGCGAGAAGGAACGAAUUCUCUACACGGCACACACACCGCCUGGAGCAAAGAAAGACACAAACCUGCCAUUCCCAUCUGCGUACAGCCCAGAUUUUGUGGAAUCCGCAUGGUAUCAGUGGUGGGAAAAGGAAGGAUUCUUCAGCCCCGAGCACCAUGAUGUUCAAAAAUCAUCUCAUGCUGUAGAUCAGAACUUCUCUUUGUGCAUCCCACCGCCGAACGUGACCGGGACUCUGCAUCUGGGCCACGCCCUAACUGUGGCAAUAGAAGACGCUUUGGUUCGAUGGAAAAGGAUGCGGGGCCACAGAGUACUAUGGGUUCCUGGCUGUGACCAUGCUGGUAUAGCAACACAGAGCGUGGUGGAGAGGAUGCUGCUUCGAGAACAAGGGAAGCACAGGCAAGACUUGACAAGAGAAGAAUUUUUGCAGGAAGCUUGGAAAUGGAAAAACCUGAAAGGAGAUGAGAUAUAUCAACAGCUAAGAAAACUUGGUGCUUCCUUAGACUGGAGUAGAGCCUGUUUUACCAUGGAUAAAAAUUUCAGUGAAGCAGUAACGGAGGCCUUCGUCCGCCUGUGCGACGCCGGUCUGAUCUAUCGUUCGGAGGGUCUGGUCAACUGGAGCUGUGCUUUGGAGUCCGCCAUUUCAGACAUAGAGGUGGAUUCCAAGGAACUAUCCGGGAAAACUAUGCUGUCUGUACCUGGUUAUGAAGAAAAAGUGGAGUUUGGAACCAUGCUCACCUUUGCCUAUCCAAUAGAUGGUCACGGUGGAGAGAUAAUGGUUUCAACAACUCGUCCGGAGACUAUGCUGGGAGACGUUGCUGUCGCUGUUCACCCCGAUGACCCUCGAUACCUGGAUUUUCAUGGAAAGAAAUGCCGCCACCCCUUCAAUGACAGACUGCUCCCGAUCGUCACUGAUGAAACUGUCGACGUGGAGCUCGGCACAGGUGCAGUGAAAGUUACUCCUGCUCACGACCGCAACGACUUUUUACUCUCACAGAGACACGCUUUGCCUUGCGUCACUGUAAUUGGAGGAGAUGGGAAGAUGACGUCGUUCUGUGGACAAUGGCUAGAGGGAGUGAAGCGUUUUGAUGCCAGACGGCUGGUAGUAGACGCUCUGGUUGAAAAAAAGCUAUUCAGAGGAAAGAAGGAGCAUGCCAUGACCCUACCUAUUUGCAGCCGCUCGGGGGAUGUCAUCGAACCUCUUUUAAAGAAGCAAUGGUUUGUUCGCUGUCAAGGAAUGGCUCAAAAAGCUAUACAGGCUGUGGAGGAUGGUCAGCUGGAAAUCAUCCCUCACUUUUACAGCAAAACAUGGAAGAACUGGCUAUCCAACGUUAGCGAUUGGUGCAUUUCCAGGCAGCUGUGGUGGGGGCAUCAGAUCCCUGCUUACAGAGUGGACUUUCCUCAUUCCGCUGACGACAGACGAGAGGAGCGGUGGGUGUGGGGAAUGAACGAGGAUGAGGCUCGUCGCAGAGCUUCGCUCAAAUACGGAGUGAAACCACAAGACGUCAUUUUGACUCGGGACUCCGAUGUUCUGGAUACCUGGUUCUCCUCUGCGCUGUUUCCUUUCGCCAUGCUGGGCUGGCCUCAACAGACGAAAGAUUUUCAGCGAUUCUACCCAAAUUCCAUCCUGGAGACGGGCAGUGACCUUCUCUUCUUUUGGGUGGCCAGGAUGGUCAUGCUGGGUACAGAGCUAACGGGCAAGUUGCCGUUCAAACAGGUUCUGCUUCACUCUCUCGUGAGGGAUAAACAUGGUAGAAAAAUGAGUAAAUCCCUGGGAAACGUGAUCGACCCCUUGGAUGUUACAAAUGGAGUCUCCUUGGAGAUGCUCCAACGGAAAAUUAAGGAGGGGAACCUUGACCCCAGAGAGCAAACGGUUGCCACGGAAGCUCAGAGGAAAGACUUUCCGAACGGGAUCCCUCAGUGUGGGACUGACGCUCUCAGAUUUGCCCUUUGCUCUCACAAAAUGACGGGAGAAGACAUCAGUCUAUCUGUCUCUCAGGUCCUGAGCUGUAGACAUUUCUGUAAUAAAAUAUGGCAGACGCUGAGAUUUACUUUGGGCGUUCUGGGUGACAACACGACACCAAUGGGGACGCUGGAGGAGACAUCUGAUUUGAGCAGCAUGGAUGGAUGGAUCUGCUCCCGACUGUACAGGACAGUGGCACAAGUAGAGAAGGCCUUUGAGGAAUACGAGCUGCAUACUGUCACUGCUGCUUUGUACUCUUUCUGGGUACACAACCUGUGCGAUGUCUAUAUGGAGAGUGUGAAACCUGUACUACUUCAGCAAAACCAAGGAACGCCGUCCGGCGGCAAAGCGAGAGCCACGGCAAGUGUUGUCCUGUAUCACUGUGUAUCUGUGUCUCUGGCCCUCCUCUCGCCCAUCAUGCCAUUCCUGACUGAAGAGCUGUGGCAGAGACUCCAGCCAUUCAGACCUGAAAGUCAAGCCCAGAAGAGCCUUUGUCUUCAGCCUUACCCCCGCUCUUCUCAACUGAAACACUGGCAUUUCCCAGAAGAGGAAGAGGCUUUUCUCCUGGUCCAGGAAGUGAUCCGGGUGGCACGCUCCCUUAGGGCACAAUGCGGUUUGACCAAAGAAAAGCCUGAAAUGUGGGCGGUAUGUUCACCUAAUCAGUCCCAGAUUCUCCUUCACUUUGGAUCUGCCGUUUGGACUUUGAGCCGAGUCUCCCGCAUCAACAUCCACUGUCCUGAAGCGCCUCUCUCCACGGCCCCGCCCGAAGGCUGCCUCGUCGGUGUUGUGGACCACACGUGUCAGCUGCACCUUCCUCUUCAGAGUGCUGUGAAAAUUGACAAACAAAUAGCCCAGCUCACCCGACGUAAAAGCAAGCUGGUCUCCAAGCUGAACGAGAGCCUCUCCAAAAUCCAAUCGCCAGACUUCCCGACAAAGGUCCCGGCACACAUCAGGCAACAGAUGGAGAGUAAGACGUCAGCCUUUCGAGCAGAGUUGAAGACUAUUGAAGAUCAGCUGAAAGCGCUGCAAAUGACGGCGACUCCCACAAGCGAUUCUAAUAAUGAGCUCGAUCAGUGUCGCACACACAGUUCCUAA